AUGAACUUCACAGCCUUCUGCCUUCUCUGUAUCUUGGUUUCUGUUUCUUCUAGUGCUUUCGGAGUGAAUGGCGGCUGUACCUCCGGGACCACAGGACCAUGUAUUAACCAGAUGUGUUCUAAAAAUUUCACAUGCAGCAAGGAGAACUAUUGCUGUUACGAUCCUCCAUUGAAGGAUACUUGUCGCUUUGACUUGAACAUCGGACGAUGUAUUGGUGUUCUAUGCCCUUUGGGUUAUACUUGCACUAAGGCCUACCAAUGCUGUAGCGAUUAUGAUCCGACGAUAGACUGUGACGAUGUCGCAACAAACUGUGCUAAUUUGAAAUCUCUCUGUAAUGACUCCGCAUACUUAACAUUGAUGACACAGCAAUGCCCAAGAACCUGUGGAAGAUGCUCUGGAACAGGUGCUUGUGUUGACAAGCUCAAUCCAAAAACAGGAAAGAAUGAUUGUCCGGGAAACGCUAGCCUCUGCAAUGACGCCAGAUAUUACACUCUGAUGACUGAACAAUGCCCAAGGACUUGUGGAAGAUGCUCUGGAGCAGCUACAACAACAUCCUCUAGUAGUCUUAUAGUUAUGAUUAUUGUUUCAAUCUCAGUUACUUUAAGAAUCUUCUCCUUCCUCUGUGUCUUAUUCAUCGUAUUCUCUGUUGCCGUUGCUCUGGACACCUGUGCAUCAGAACCAUUAGGACCAUGUAUUGAUAACUCCUGUCCAAAUGGCUUCCAAUGUAUCAACAACGACAUCUGCUGUUUGGCUUCAGAUGUUAACGUGGUAGCUGAUCAAUCCGCUUCUCAAGAAUCGUUGGAAAUCUUGAACCACUAA